GAGUGUUUCGCAUUUAAACAAACACGGUCCUGCCGAAGAUGGCGGAGAGUUUGUAGAGGCGUAAAAAGAAACUGCUCUACUCAAUGAAAGCGUCGAAGCCGGAGAUGUUAAGACAUUGAAGCGACACUAGACCCUGAAUGGAGCUUGACUGGGGCUUCUACUGGUCAAGUUUUGUGCUUUCAGGGGCUGAUAUGCGCUGAAGAUGAGUGGCAUAGGAGACAACUCGUUGGAGCCGCUGUGCUCCGACCGCAAACGUAAACUCUCCACCUGUGACACACCAGGCUUAGGGUGUGACAAGCGUCGGAGGGAACAGGAGAGCAAGUACAUCGAGGAGCUCGCGGAGCUCAUCUCUGCCAAUCUCUCCAACAUUGACAGCUUCAACGUCAAGCCUGACAAAUGUGCCAUCCUCAAAGAGACUGUGAGACAGAUCAGACAAAUAAAAGAGCAAGGAAAGAGCACUUGCAGUGAUGACGAUGUCCAGAAGGCGGAUGUGUCCUCCACUGGUCAGGGGGUCAUUGACAAGGACCAUCUGGGACCGCUGCUCCUACAGGCCUUGGACGGUUUUCUGUUUGUGGUCAACCGAGAGGGCAACAUUGUGUUUGUGUCCGACAACGUGACGCAGUACCUGCAGUACAAGCAGGAGGAGCUUAUCAACACCAGCGUGUAUAAUAUCAUCCACGAUGAGGACAGGGAGGAGUUUCACAAGAAUCUGCCCAAGUCUAAUGCACCGAACGGGGCAUCGUGGAGCGGAGAGGCACCCCGGCAGAAGAGCCACACCUUCAACUGUCGCAUGCUGGUCAACUUUGGUCACGGUCAAAGUCAUGGGAUGCCAGAAGAGAGGCCGGGUGGCCAGCGCUAUGAGACCAUGCAGUGCUUCGCCCUCACUCAGCCCCGAGCUAUGAUGGAGGAGGGAGAAGAUUUGCAGUCAUGUAUGAUCUGUGUGGCACGACGCAUCAUCCAUGUAGAGAGGACGGAGAGGUUUAGCACUCGCCAUGAACUCACUGGUAAACUGAUUGAGAUUGAGCAGCAGGCCUCUCUAAGCACCACUAUGCGCCCGGGCUGGGAGGACCUGGUGAGGCGCUGCAUGCAGAUGUUCCUCAACCGAAGUGAGGGACAACCGUGGUCCUACAAACGGCACUAUCAAGAUGCUUUCCAUAAUGGUCAUGCGGAGACCCCUCUCUACCGCUUCUCACUCGCUGACGGCACCCCAGUCACAGCCCAGACCAGGAGUGACCUCUGCAGGAAUCCCAGCACCAAUGAACCGCACUCAUACCUCUCCACACAUUUGCUACAAAGGGAGCAAAAUGGUUAUCGAGCCAACCAGGGAGCAGGUAUAAGGCCUCAAACCAUGCCUGUGAACAACCCCAACCAACAGAUGAACAUGAGCCCAGCGGGGGGCAUAAACAGAGGCUACGGCAUUGCGGAGCAGAGCAACAUGCCACAGAGGGGAGCGCCGUCGUACACCGGGGGCAACCGCAUGAAUCCCAUGAACCAGAUGAAUCAAAUGAGUCCCAUGCAUCAGAUGAACAACAUGGGUCAAAUGAAUCAGAUGAAUUCCAUGCAUUCAAUGAACUCCCCCAUGAACUCCAUGAACCAAAUGGGGCCCAUGACUCAGAUGGGCCACCACAGUAUGCUUCAACAGCAGCAGCAGCAGCAGCAGCAGCAACAGCAGCAGCAGCAGCAGCAGCAGCAGCAGCAGAUGGGUCAGUUCCAUGGAGGAGGUGGAGGCGGACCCGGUGGUGGAGGGUACGGGAUGACCAGUCCCCCCCCUGCCAGUCCAGGGAUUAAUGGCCCCCCACACAACGUCAUGGGUUCACCCAGAGUCAGAGGAAGCCCAAAAAUGGGUGCAGGCCCCUUCUCUCCUGGAGGUAUGAACUCUCCCAUGAGCUCCAGUCACCCCGGUAACUCUGGAGGAGGAUUAGGAAGCACCACCUUCUCCAGCAGCUCCUUGAACGCCCUCCAAGCCAUCAGUGAGGGAGUGGGCAACCCGAUGCCUUCCCCCCUCACCUCUCCUCCCCCUCACAGGCCUGACAGCUCCCCGAGCAUCAACUCCACCAAUCAGGCAGCUGGAGGGGCGUGUAAACCCAGCCUUCCGGCCUACUCUGACUCUAAGAGCCCAGGCAGCUCACUGGGGGUUGCAGGAGAGUCUCAGCAGCAUCCGCACACCCCCACCAGCGAGGGGCUGCCCGAAAAGCCCGACAGCCAAGCCAGUAGAGAGGCGGGUCCUCCCGGGGGAGACUCCAACCGACGGGUCCCGGACACCAAGAGCCACAAGAAGCUUCUGCAGCUCCUCACCUCCCCCACGGAUGAGCUGGUGCCACCUAACCACACACCGAGCUCCGGCCCCUGCUCCACGCCCGAGGCUAAAGAAGGAACAGCCGGUGUCACGAGCCCCUCUUCCUCCACGGGAGUGUCCUCCUCCACGGGCGGAAACCAUGGCGCCGUGUCUUCCUCCGGCGCACAUCUUACCAGUCAGUCGCUGCAGGAGAAGCACAAGAUCCUCCACAAGCUCCUGCAGAACGGGAACACUCCUGACGAGGUGGCUCGCAUCACAGCCGAGGCCACUGGGAAGAGCAGUUUGGAGGGCGGGGCAGCUGAGCCGGGGCCCGUCGCUGCAGGGGGGGCGAGAGGACCAGAGUCAAAGCAGGAGCAACACAGCCCGAAGAAGGAGAAGCCCCACGCCCUCCUUCACUACCUCCUCAACAAGGAUGACUCUAAAGAAGGUGGGGAUGUCAAGCCAAAGCUGGAGGAGCUGGAGGGGAGAGUAGCUCAGGGGCCAGGGGUCACCAGCUCGGACCCCCACUGCAUGGAUGGGAAGGUCAAAUUGGAGCCGGCUGAGGUGGCGGAGACACUGGAGACCAUUCUGGGGGUCCCAAGGAACACUUCUAGCUUCUUCUCUGAACCGGACUCCAGAGCAGUGAAAGAGGCAGGAAACAAACCAGGAAAUAUGCCGGACAGUUUACAUGAAGGGGUAAGAGGCCCCAUGCCUCCAGCUCAGCGUAGUGCCUAUCAGAGAGCCUUGUCCAUGGAUGCCAAGCCCAUGGGAGGAGAAGGAGCGGUAGGAGGGGGGCUGGCCGGCAGACGAAACCUCCCCUGUCCCACACUGAUCAAGCAGGAGAAGAUGGAUACGCCGAUCCGACCCGGGCCCAUUCCCAACGGCUUUCCAGGGGGCAUGGGUGUGUGUCCGCCACGAGGCAAUCCAACAAGAGGGAUGGGCAGAGGAAUGGGAAUGCCUCAGAGGCCUCCCAUGUCGGCACCAGGCGACUGGGGCAUGCAGAGGUCCAGCGGCAGCCCUGUGGCCGGACCAGGACACCCUGGCAUGGGACGCUCCGGUCCAAUGGGAGGACCCAUGAUCAACCGGUCCAACAGUGUUCCCGGAAAAACCCGCUCUAUGCUGCAGCAGCAACUCAUGGAUAUGGGUACCAAUGAAGCCAAUAUGGGUAUGAGCCCGUUUGGUGCACACGGCCCCACACCUCGGUCCCCGUCCUGGCCGGACUCUGCUAUGGGAAUGGACAGACCAAAGACUAACACAACCAGGGACCAGUUUGGGCACCCCCUGGAGGAGCUGCUAGGGCCUCGGGUCAACAGCGAGGGUCCGAGUGAUGAACGGGCACUUCUGGACCAGCUGGAUUCUCUGCUCAACACCACUGAUGUUAUCGCUCUGCAGGAGAUUGACCGAGCCCUAGGCAUCCCUGAAAUAGUAGGCCAGAACCACAGACCUGAAGGCCAGGAGCGAGGGCCGGUUCGGCGCCCGCAGUCGGAGCCUUUCCCCGGGCCCGAGUCCUCUUUAGGCAUGGACCAAAAACCCAUGUACAGCCAGGGCUACCCUGGACCCCCGGGGCCCUCCGCUAUGGGCAUGCAGCCCGGUUAUGGUGGCUCCACGAUGCAGGGCCAGUCUCCAGGAAACUUCAACCCCAUGAUGAAUCAAGUGGGCCAGACUGGGGGCUUCCCUAAUAUGGCUGGUGGCAUGGGGGGUAUGGGCAACCCGCGUUCAAACAUGAUGAGGCCUCGCAUGAUGACCGCCACCAAGCCUCUGAGACUGCAGCUGCAGCAGAGACUGCAGGGACAGCAGUUCAUGAACCAGACCCGACAAGGCAUAAAGAUGGAACACGCCUCCGGAGGAAACCCUGCCAUGCAUUCAGGCAUGCAACCCGGCAUGCAACCCACAAUGCAACCCGGCAUGCAACCCACAAUGCAACCCGGCAUGCAACCUGGGAUGCAACCCGCAAUGCAACCUGGGAUGCAACCCGCAAUGCAACCUGGGAUGCAACCCGCAAUGCAACCUGGGAUGCAACAAGGAAUGCAACCUGGGAUGCAACCCGCAAUGCAACCUGGGAUGCAAUCUGCAAUGCAACCUGGGAUGCAACAAGGAAUGCAACCUGGCAUGCAGCCCAACAUGCAGCCUGGAAACAUGCCUGGCCAGCCUGGUUUCCUGAACGCGCAGAUGAUGGCUCAGCGCCAAAGGGAGAUGAUGACCAUGCAGAUCAGGAGGCAGCGGAUGAUGAUGUUGAUGCAGCAGCAGCAGGGGCAGGGCCAGGCGGCAGCAGCAGCAAGGGGCUUCAGCCCUCCUCCAAAUGUCACCGCACCAGGAGGCAUGGAGAGCCCCAUCGGAGGCCCCGCCAUGAACCAGCCUGGACAGCAGGGCUUCAACUACGGAGGUAACUACGUUGCAGGGAUGAACCAGCAGGGGGACCCAUCGUUCAUGGCUCCUGUUAGCAGCCCACCAGCAAACAUGAUGCAAGGAAGAAUGGCAGGCCCUCCUCAGACCAACAUGAUGCAGGGGAAUCCCCAGGGAGGGGCCAUGUACCCCUCUGGAGAAAUGAAAGGCUGGACACAAGGCGGCAUUCCCCGCAGCAACUCCUACCCCCAGCAGCAGUUUCCCCAGCAGGGCAGCCAGGGCCAGUUUGGACCCAUGAUGAUGAACAACUCCUCCAUGGGUGGAGCAGGGCCGGUCAGCGGGGCCGGUGCGGGCCAGAUGGGCCAGAUGCCAGUACAGCGGCAGAGCCAGAUGCAGAGCCAGAUGCAGGGCCCGAUGCAGGGCCAGAUGCAGGGCCAGAUGCAGGGCCAGAUGCAGGGCCAGAUGGGCAUGAACCCCAUGGCAAUGGGCAGAAUGCAAAUGGGACCUGAUCAGAAGUAUUGCUGAGGACCGGUGGCAGAAUCUGGAUCCUUUCAGCUGCAGCAGAGCGGUCUGAGCCCGAGAAUAGCUGGACCUAAACACACACACACACACACACACACACACACACACACAUUCAAAAACACACGCAGUAAGAGUUCUCCGGCAUUAUCUGUGACACAGGCACAGCAGACCACUCAUCCUGGAGGACGUGGGGCUAGACGGACUAACGUUGGGCUUCAUCCCCGAUUGAAGCCUCAAAAUCUGUUGCCCUGUGAAGGUGAUGCACAAACACAAAGUACCUGUGUGUGUGUGUGCGUGUGUGUGUGUGUGCGUGUGUGUGUGUGUGAGCGCUGCUGUCGGCAGUAUUCAGCGUCACGGCCAGGCUGCAGAACUAUGGUACAACGAGCUGUGGCUGCACUUUACCAGGAAGCUUCUGUGUGGAACAAAGAUCGAUGCAAUAUGUCUUCAUCAUUACAGCCUUACUAGAGAUUCAAUGCCUUCACAACAAUGGGUUUCUUUUAUUUCUACUUUGGAUGCGCCUCAUUCUUGAAGUCAUCGGAAGCUAUAAAGCACAGUUAUCUACGUUAUGCAGAUCGGAGCAAUAACUCUACGCCUCUAUGCUUUAGACUGUAACUGAGCAUCCUAACACCUGUUAUAAGCAAACAAAUGGUACUGCAGUAUUAGAUGUCUCUGUGAAUAUGAAUUGUAAAUAUUCUACAAAAUAUAUCAAACAUGCUUUUUAAAGGCCCAUUAUUGCACAAAGUAUGAGACCUGGUUGUAUUUUUGUGUCCCAUAGGUCAAUGCCUAUUUGGUUGAUUCUUAUUAUUUUUUUAAUGCCGUUGCAAAUAUUGCAGGUGUGUUCGGGGGUUUCCUUCCCUUGUUUGUCAUUUUUCUGUAUGCUGUAUUUUUUAAUUUUCCAAAAAGUCAUGUAUUCCAUGUUUUAGCGAGGCACUUUUACUUGUGACGAGGAUCUGACGAGUUGAAGGUUUGAGCUUGUCGGAGGUUUUAUUGGCAGAUGGCGGAGGUGGUUGAUUACGUUAGAAAAAUGAAAUUAUUUUUGGGGGCUUGGGAGGCGUAUGGGUUUUGUCUGCAGUACAGUAAAGAGGAAUGUGCUCCUCAAUGUAACCUUGCAAUGCUUCCCCCUCCCUUAACCCUGUCGAGGGUAUUUUAUUCACCCCCAUCUUAUGUUGACUGUUAGUCUCAUCUUGCCGAAUCUACCUUUUCAACAUGCGCAAUCCAAAGAUAUUUUUCCACAUCUCUGUAUAGUCUCCAAGGUUUCUGGUGUACAUUUUUAAUGAUUAUAUUCGUCUGAAGGUGACUGGGGUACAUAUCAUGGAUCUGGUUUUUGUACUGUAAGCAUGAGAAGAAGUUCCUCCACAGUGAGAGGCGUUCAGUGCAGAGCGAAGAGGACUGGAAACUCAACAGAACGUUUUUACAUCCAGGAAAAACAAACAAAGCAUGUUUUGCUGUGAAAGAGAAAUACCAAUGGAAUGCAAUCCACUCCAAGACAUAUCCGUAUCUCUUCUAUCUUUCAGGAAAUAACUUCAUUUUAUGUCAAGAUGUUGUUUUUUUUACUUCAGGAAACUUUGUAGAGUUAAAAUGAAGUGCAAAAACGAGGCAAGAGAUCAUUUGGUUUGUUUUUUUCUUUAUUUCAAGGUAAGAUAAGCUGUCAUUUUACAGGAUGUAUAUUACAGAUUUGUUCUGUUGUUGAUAUUGAUGUAAAUACAAAUUUCUAUUUAAACAC